AUGGUGGUGUACGAGGUGAUUCUGAAUGUGAACAUCAGUAUCGUGGAGGACGCCUACCACGAAGCAAAGCAGCGCCUCUCGGACGAACGUUACAUGAGCCGGCAGCGGAACGAGGAGCCUGAGCUCUUCCCGGACCGCGUGCGCCGGGCGCUGGAGGAGGAGUCCCCGGAGCUCGACACCUUGGAGCUGCUCUAUGGGCAUCACGUGCAUUCGGAUGCGGAGAGGAGUUCUGCGGAGCCCAACUUCCAUCAGCGACUGCACCCGCACGCCCCCCACGGGUCCGACGCCACCGACACAUCUGAGUCCAGCGGGCUCUUCUCGCGGACCGUGUCCGGCAAGUACAUCAGUCCCCGGCUCCUGGAGAGUCCCAAGUUGCAGAGAGCCCUGGUCUCCACCUUUGCGGAAACCCGGCAGCGCGCCCAGUCCUUGCCGGCCCGGGGCUUCACGGAGAUGCCAGCCGACCCCAGGAGCUCGGUGGACGGAAGCUCUGGUGCGGAGCAGCUCAAUGUGUCACUGGGCACGUCUUCUUCCUCCGCGGAGUCUCGCGGUGGCCUCGAGCUGUGCAAGGAGGACAACCCGCCAGGCCCCGAGACGGAGAUGCAAUGCGUGGUGGUGCUGCCGCCGGACGUGGUGGAUGCGCUGGUGCAGCUGCAGCGCAGCUCCCAACAGCUGCGGAGCCAGGCUGGCUCCCGCAUCUCGGCCUUCGAGAGAGGGUUGGGCUUGGAUUUGGAGACCUGGGGCUGCGACUUGGGCUUAGACCACUUUUCUUUGGGAAUGGUGCAGGAUCAGUUGGAAAAACAGUCUGAAGAGCUUGCCAACAUGGAUCAGAAGUGGGGCAAUCGCCUUGAUCACUUGCAGCAGCAGGUCAUUGAUUUGCAGAAGAAGAAUGAUGAGGGCACCUCUCCCAGAGCAUGUGGUCCUCCUUCCCCACUCAGACAAGCGCAAUCUCCCUCAGCUGCGGGCGAGCCUUCUAUGCUGGUGGUUCUCGGCGGGUGGGCGGAAGGGGAGAGACGUGCUUGGGUUCAGGAACAGCUCAGCAGGCUUGUGGAGGCGGCAGGGGUGAAGGAAGCUGUUCAUGAGAUCGAGUUCUUUGGAAAGAGGCCUCGAUGCGCCAAAAUUCACCUCGUUUUUGCUGAAGGAAGCGGCAUUUCGGCCAAGCGGGCAGUGCAGAAAAAGGUCAUUGAGAAGCUCAGGGGCCAGCAGUGGAUUCCCCGCGGUAUGCAGAAAGCAGUGUGGGUGGUGCCAGACCGCUCGCCAGAACAACGGUGCGUGUCGAGAGCUAUGGCCAAGAUUGGGAGCUUCAUGCAGGAAGUGUGCGGCAAGCCUCGUGACCUGCUUGAGGUCGACAACUGGGGAAUUGCUCGGGCUUACUGUGGUGAUUUUAAAAUUACAGGAAUGUCGUCGGGCCCAAGGCCCACUGCCCCUCCUCGUGAUGAUGAGAUGGUGGUCUGGGUGGAGCGCGACGACAGCACCGGCACGUCCAUAUGGUUGGACAUGCUUGCCUUGUGCAAGGGCCUCGGUGCUACCAAUCCAGCGGAGAUGCUGCAGAAGUGGCGUGGCUUCCAGAAGUGA